UGGCUGUCGACUUAAUCCACCCCCUCGUUUGAUAUCAAGCUCUCAGGCCGCUGAAUCCAAACAUGUCCACAGUGCUGGAGCUGUCGUUCCGUCCAGACACUCAGCUGACGGAGGUCAUGCGCCUGCGGGUUCAGUCUCUGCAGCAGCGUGGACAGAAGAGGCAGGACGGCGAGCACCUGCUGCGUCCCAACGAGGCCGUGUACCGACUGGACUUCUCCAAACAGUCCCUCCGAUUUUCCCAGUGGACGGUGCAGCUGCCGCAGCCCGGACGCAUCACCGUCACCGCCACCUCGCAGCUCUGGACGCCGGACCUCACACACCUGAUGACGCGUCAGCUGCUGGAGCCCGCCGGGGUUUUCUGGAAGUCAAAAGACGACGCCAGCGACGCGCCCGUCCAGUGCUACGAGGCUGACGCGCACGAGUUUGGCGAGAGGGUCGCUGACCUUUGA